AGAGGCGGGGAGCUGAGGCUGUUGCUUUGCUUGUUGGUGGGUUUUUUUGUUCUUUCUUUGUUUUCGAAUUAAAGCAGUCGAUUAUCUUGGAAAGAAGUCUCAUCGGAGUUUAAUUGCAACGAGAAGCGUGCUGCCUUUAAGGCGAGAUCAGUCAGACUUUGCUGAAUUAGUUGAAGAGCUGAUUGCCAUUGUGCAUCAGAUAGCUGAGGUCACAGACUCUACAAACUGAAGAGCUGUAUUGUCUGCUACAUCCUACAGCUUGUGAAAACAGCAGCCAGGCCGUUACAGAGAUAUCCGCUGUGAAACACCGCACCAUGUCUGCACCAGGAUAUCCUUCUCCUCAACAGCCCCCAUACCCCAUGCCUCAGCCGGGUGGUUACUCUCUGCCCCCUUAUCCUGUUCCACCUUCCAAUAAUCCAGCUGCUCCUGCCCCAGGAUUCAGUGUGUAUCCAGCAUCUCCAAUGCAGCCAGGAGGAUAUCAGCCGGGGCCGAAUGCACCGCCACCUCAGGGGUAUCAGCCGGGGCCGAAUGCACCGCCUCCUCAGGGGUAUCAGCCGGGGCCGAAUGCACCUCCUCAGGGGUAUCAGCCGGGGCCGAAUGCACCUCCUCAGGGGUAUCAGCCGGGGCCGAAUGCACCUCCUCAGGGGUAUCAGCCGGGCCCAAAUGCACCUCCUCAGGGGUAUCAACCAGAUCCAACUGCACCACCUCAGGGGUAUCAACCCUCACCUGGUCAUCCAAUGCAACCUGGCUACCACCAUGUACCAGGAGGUUUCCAGCCAGGCCCUGCAGCCACUCCCAAAGAUCCAAAUGCUGUGGUCACCCCUUUUGCUACAGUGCCUGCUGGUGUUCCACCAGGACUGGAGUAUCUUACACAGAUUGACCAGGUCCUCGUACAUCAGAAGAUUGAACUUUUAGAAGCUCUCAUUGGAUUUGAGACCAACAAUCAGUAUGAGAUCAAGAACAGCAUGGGCCAGAUGAUCUUCCAUGCCCAAGAGAAGAAUGACUGCUGCACACGUAAUUGCUGUGGCUCCUUGCGCCAUUUCAACAUCAAGAUCACUGACAACUUUGGCCAUGAGGUCAUUCAUCUGAUUAGACCCUUCAAGUGUGCCAGCUGCUGGUGCCCCUGCUGUCUGCAAGAGCUGGAAGUCCAAUCACCACCUGGAACUACAAUUGGGUUUGUGAUCCAGAACUGGCAUCCCUUCCUCCCAAAGUUCUCCAUCCAGAAUGCUUCUAAGGAGACUGUGAUGAAAGUCGUUGGACCAUGCAUGGCCUGCAACUGCUGUGGGGAUGUUAAUUUUGAGGUAAAGACCCCUGAUGAAAAUGCUGCCAUUGGCCGGAUCAGUAAACAGUGGAGUGGGCUCGUCAAAGAGAUGCUCACUGAUACUGACAACUUCGGAAUUCAGUUUCCCAUGGACCUGGAUGUCAAAAUUAAGGCUGUGCUCUUGGGGGCUUGCUUCCUCAUUGACUUCAUGUUCUUUGAGAAGGUGGGAGAAGCUAAUCAACGUCACACUGUCUUGUCUUGAGACAACACCUCUAUGUGGAGCCCAGUAAUCAGUCAUCCUGGAGUCAAAACUGUAGCCUCUGGCCUUUCCUGAUGAUUCACAAGCUCCUCUUGCCUUAACAAUGGGGGGAUAAAAAAAAAUACUUACUAAUCUUUAUUUUAAUUGAUAUUUUUUAAUUUAUUUUGUACUAGUAUUUUAGAGGUUUGUUUUGAAAUGUUGAGAAAAAAACGCAAAUUACUCUCUAGGAAAACCCAAACCAAAUAGCUGUUAGAGUCCAAAGUAGGGAACUGCCCUUGCCUUCCCGAUAGAGGAGUAUUAUGAUAAGUGGUCUUGUUCAAAGAGAGCCAUACUGUCGUCCAAAGCGUAUUCUCCACCAUCCAUCCAACUGCCACCCUUCUUAUUGUUUUUUGAUCCAAUAUGGACCCCAGUCAUUAAAUGCUCUGUUUCCCUCUGACUGGCUCGCCCUGCCCCCUAGACGAGAGGCAGAGCGAUGGUCCGCUCGUUCACUUACAGUUGGAGUUGAUGCCUUCUGUAAGUGGGCUGUUUUGUUUUUGCCGUGUUUCCAAAAUGGAUCAGACUGACAUUUCCCUUGGGGACUACGUCCACUUCCCAAGCACCUAUUUAGGGGUGUCUACUAAUCAGUAGGUAAAUAAUGUGCUGCAAAGUUGUGUUUUAAAGUUGCCUAAUUGUGUCAAAUAUUUAAUGCUUUGUUUUUAUGCAAAUACAUUGCCAGGAGGCCUUAUAGGUAUUUUCUGCUGUUGCAUGUUUUUUUUUUUUUUUUGUCUUUUAUAAGUAAUAUAAUGCCACAUUCAUACGACUCGUUGUUCUUGUACUUGCCUUAAUGCAAAAUUAUCCAUGUAUGGUGCCCCUGAAGGUGGUACACACGUUUUGUUGCCUUGUUGUAUGGUUCUGUAGGUAUUCUCCUUAUCAUGUUUCGUGGCAGAGUCUCCCCAAGUGGGCCAUAUGCAUGUUUUUAUCAAGAUUUAAAAUUUUUAAGUCGACAGGCCAUAUGUCUUGUGAUGUUAAGUUACAUGUAGAGUUCUACCAAAUUUCGAGCACUAGCUAUGGCGCUUUAACUGUUUUUGGUUCUUUUGCUGUAGUUUUGUUUAUUCUGUCAGACUUUGUCUAUCUUUUUGUAGAACUUCUAAUAAGAUCUUGACAUCUUUUUGAACACUUGUAACUAGAAUUAUUAGAAUAAAUAAAAUA